GCUCGCAUGUCCAGGAUUUGCAGAAACUCGAUGAGCUCACGACACUUUGGGCCGGAGUGCCUCCCGCAUUGGCGCCCGGAGGCCAGCGACGAACAAUUACACGGGUUCGCUACCCUUUUGUGUGCUGCUCCCUCCACCUGUGCCAUGUUGUCAGAGAGCUGGUUUUCAGGCGACCACCGCCCGUCCUCACAAUGAGCCCCCGAGCGUCUUCUCCGAAUCAAACAACCGGAAAUGGCCUGUGUUGUCCGCGCUCAAACCUGUCCAGCCGUGGGUCAGAAUAGGAUGAAGGAGAAUACAAAGCGGAUCCAUCACUGCGUAUCCAAGGCCGCAGGCCCCUGUGGCCGUGGCCUCAUUGAAAGGUGCACCAACGCCCAUAGCGUCUCAGCCACUACUCUCCUUCAUCUCCAACUCGGCUUCCUAGGUCUCUCUCUCUGUCGCCGGUGCUGGCCACCGCUCUAACUUACUUACAUCUAACAUGCGCUUCGGAUUCUCGCUUGCAAUGAUGUUCCACACCGCCCGAGCGGAUAAUAUGGAGGAGAGGAAGCCUACUCUAGACCUGAUCCCUAACGAUAUCUUACUCGACCUCGUGUUUGAUCACCUCAAUUUCCAGGAUAUCUUGGCUAUGCGACGAGUGAGUCACACCCUCGAGUCAUGAACGAUCUUUUCACAUGUGUUUGCAGGUCAGUAGGCUCUACUGCCAUCUCACGAAACAAGCCGUCAUCUGGAAACGCCUCCUAAGGCGCACGACGCUACUCCUGCCGCCUCUCCCCCCAGAAGCCGAUCACGACCUCGGAAACAUGAAGGGCAGCUCGGCAGAACACUUCUUCAUGCGCGCGUACGAACUCGACAAGGCGUGGCGCGAGGCACACCAGCAGCCGCCGUCCGCCGUGUGGGAGUUCGACGCGAAGGGCUACGUCGCGGAGAUGGUCCUCCUCCCGGGCGGGCGCUACCUCCUCGCGUCCGUGUCGGACCGCGACAAGUGGCAGUGGAUGCUCGUGCUCUACGCCGUGCACGACCGCGGCCCCGCCGAGCCGCUCGUCGCCUACAGGACCGAGUCGCGCGCGCAGAUGCUGCAGGCCAAGUUCUCGGCCUACCGAGGCGCGCGCGGCAUCGUCGUCUCGUACCUCGUGCGCCGAUGGCGGCACGCAGACCAGGAUCGGCACUGGGCGUGAGUGGACCCGUCACCAUUUUUUU